AUGACUACGGCCAGCCUCCGCCGCCGCCUUCCUCUUUCGAAGGCGGUGCCGCCGCUGGAAGACGACGACCUGCUCGCCGAGAUCCUCCUCCGCCUCCCCCCGCUGCCCUCCUCCCUCCCGCGCGCAUCCGCCGUCUGCACGCGCUGGCGGGGCCUCCUCUCCGACCCCGCCUUCCACCGCCGCUUCCGCACCCACCACCGCCGCAGCCCACCCCUCAUCGGCUUCAUCGAGCUCAUUAACAUCUCCGAAGGCAUCACCUUUCACCCGGCUCUGGACGGCCCCGACCGCCUCCCCCGCGGUAGCUUCAACCUCAACACCGACGGCCUCGGGGUUCGCAUCAGGAUCCUCGGCUGCCGCCACGGCCUCGGGCUCCUCUUCGUCCGGGUCCCGUGCCAGCUCCUGGUGUGGGACCCUGUCGCCGGCGACCUGCACCGCCUGGACGUUCCCCCCGAGUUCAAGCUCCACUACCACCCGCUCGAGGACCCCAUCAGCGGGGCCGUGCUUCGCGCCGCCGACCACUUCCAGGUGGUCCUGGUAGGCAGCUCAUGUAAGCAGCAGAGUAGACGAGCGCUCGCCUGCGUUUACUCGUCGGAGACCGGAGCAUGGGGCGAUCUCGUGUCCACGCCGUUCCCAUCCAAGGCUACGAUUUUCGACCACGAGCCCGCCGUUCUGGCUGGGGACUGCCUUCACUGGCAGAUCCUCACGGCUUCACGAAACAUAAUACUCGAGUUUGAUCUGAAUACGCGGAGCCUAGCAGUGACAUCGCUGUCAAAGCACAUGUUAACCAGACAGCAUUACGGGGUGAUUCGAGCAGAGGGUGGGAGGAUGGGUUUCAUCUUCGUGUCCGGCUUCACCGCCCAGUUAUGGAGGAAGGAUACAGACUGUGAUUCAUGGGUGCGGGGAAGAACUAUCCAACUGGACAAGUUACUCCCCCCCGAUCCGCAGAAAGAAUACCCAAGUAUGGUCGGGUUACUCGGGUAUGCUGAGGAAAGUAAUGUGGUGUUCUUUGAGACAGCUGCUCGUGUCUUCAUGCUCCAUCUCGAGUCGCUGCAGCUCAAGAGACUUUCAGAAGUCAACAACGUUCGUUGCCAUCAUCCAUUCGAACUUGUGUAUACUCCAGGUAAUAUCAUGCCUUUAAAUUUCGCUCUUGCUUGCCUACUGAAAUUUGCAAGAGUUCUAUAA